AUGCCAACAAAUAAAGCUCCUUCCACUACAAAUGGCGUUCCGAAUAUUCGAAUAAAUUCGAGGAAAAGGAAAAACGGUUUUUUUUUCUUCGACCGAAAACUUUAGUUUCUUUUUUGUUUCAGAUGAUGUCGUGCAUUUUAAAAAAAGACCGAUCGUCGAACUACAUUCAUGUUCUCCAACAUCGUCGAAUAAAGAGAACGACGAUGAAAAAGAAAUGGAAAUCGAAGAGAAAAUCUCUACAACUGACGGAAGCUCUCUAAAUGCAGGUUCGACUUCUUGUUAAUUGCUAAAAAAAAAAGAGCUUUGGUACUUCAUUUUAUUUUUCGCACAAGAAUUACAUCUCAAAAAAAAAAUGAGGCUAUUCAAACCAAAAUUCUUUUUUUUUUGUAAAAAAUAUCGCUCGUGAUUUUUCAAAUGGACAUUACACUGGGUUAUAUCCCUUUUGAGAGAAAAACUUGUUUUCUUUUUUUAAAAAUAAGUUUUUAAUUGAUAAUAAUCUUUUUCAGAAGACUUUUUGGCGCUUUUAUUCGAGGCUGAACAACGCUUCACGUCCAAAGUUGUUUUUGAGUCGUAACAUUCGAUCUCACAAUAAAAAAGUAAGACGAAAAAAUGCGACCGCACAAGAUGAGAAAAAAAGGCGGCUUGAAUUCAAUCAAUACAUCAAGAAUGCCAGAACAAAAGCGGUGAGUGUGUAGAAAAAAAUCAUUAAAAAGUUUUGAAAUAGAUGCUAAACACUGGUAUGCGACCGUUUUUCGUGGUGGAGUUCAAUUGGCUCAACUCUUGGGAUUAUGGAUCGUACGAUAUAGUGUCCGGUAGGAGUUUGAUUUUUUUUUUCUUCGAAGUAAAAGUACAGCUGAUUCACGGCUGGUUCAGUCUUCGAAAAAAGGUCCUGACACGAUGAUGCACGAGAUAGUGCCUAGUUCGUGAAGAGCGCAGAAACGCACUCUAGGCUUCUCAAGCUAGCCGUGAAUAUCCUUUUUUCCUAAUAAAAAUCGUUCGAUGUACAUAUGAUUUUUUUAUUUUAGAUAUGACAUCAUUGGCUGUAGUCUAUGCGAAAGUUGGGUUAUUUGACGAUUCAGGAAAAGUUAGCCUGGUAAAAAUGAAUUAUUUUGCCAAUACUCUUCAAUAUCUUUCAGCAUGAUCUCGGGUUCGCAUUGAUUCCAAAAUCAAAGAAUUGGGAACGCGAAGAAAGUUUGAAAAGACUGUACAACGAAAAAAACAAAACGCUUCUCUCGUUCCGAGCCUUUUCUUGCUUGAAAAAGGAAAUAAAAAACUCAAGGUAGCUCUCGAAAUUUUUGGCUUUUUGUUUCAAGUAAGUGCUUUUUCAGGCAUGUGUUUCUUUACGUCAAAGUCAAGCGGUUUGUCCCGAAACAAGCGAUCGAAAAUGAAAAUGGUAAAAUUAUUUGGUUUGAUAAAAAAUAAUUUGUAUUUUUUUAGUUCGCCUCAAACGCUUCAAGGCGGCCGUGAACAGUUUGGAAAAAGUUGAAUAUUCGGAGGUGAGGAAACGGCAGUUUCGUGUUGACGUUUCUCUAGGUGGUUCGCUACGGCUGCAGAAAGAUCGGACACAUGGCCAUGGACGAACUUGAUUUCCUUUCCAGCGUUCAACAUCUUCUUCUCCAGUCAGUUUCGCUCUGUUCUCUCUGCAAAAUCUGGUUUUAAGAAUUUCAAAUCGAUCCAUUGACUUUUUUUCAAAUAAGAACGUUACUCACAAUCGUAUGGAAACAUAAUUAAAAGUUAUAAAUUGAGAUAUUUUGGUCAGCCACCUUUGUUCACAUUGGUCGGAAUCUCCCUAUCUUCAGUUAUAACUAAAAACCUGCAUUUUUCAGCGAUCCCAAAAACUUUUCUCUCAAAGACGUCAGCCUGACGGACGAGAAAUGGAUGCAGAAACUUGAAGUCGCGACUCGAAUCGAUUCUUUGAACGUUGAUAAGGUUCUUAGAUUUUCUGCUUUUUAAAUUUUCAUUUAUGCGUGAAUUAGUCGCGGUUCCUGCUCUUGGAAAGGUAGUAUUCGAUUUGAAAAUAAUUUCUUGCCGAUUUUUUAAUUUGGAACCAUCUGCUUCGUGUAACUAAACCUAAAAUAAUGAAAAAAUCCGAAAAAAAGGAGCAUUUUGGUUCGAGCCACAUCUCUCUGAAUUUCUGGAAAAAACAGCUUCCGAUGUCACGUGAUUCUCCCAUUUUUUUUUAAUGCCGAUUUUCACGUUUUCAAUUGUUGAGAUGAUUUCUUUAUUUCGUUCAGAACGAAGGAAACUCCUUCUCGGCUCGAAUGAUCUUCUCGGUGGGAGACACGCGGAUUUCUUCUGAAGAAAAAGUCUCACGCGUCCGUCGAUCUCCUCGCAAAAACAGAAGCAGCGAGAUACUUCCCCGGAAAUCUCCCAAAUCCAAUGAUUUUGAGUAUGUUGUUCAGAUUUCUUUCUAUUAUGUUUGAUUGCAAGCAGGCUUGUGCGUCAGAGCGGCCCGGGCUUUGAGCCUAAUUUUUGAGAAAAAACUAUUUUUCACCGAAUAAGUCUUUUUGUUUGUUGAAAAUCAUAGUUUCUAUGAUAGACUCUAUGUGAAAAAGUAAAAAAAAAGCAUCAGUUUUCUCCUAGAAAAGCUAAAUACUCGACUUGAAAAAUUUUUAAGCUUUUUGAGCCAGGAUUAAAAAAUGGCCUGGGGCCAUUAGGCUGACGGGCUGGCCCUUGCACAAGCCUGAUCGCAGGCAAAAAAAAAAGCGGUUCACUGAGUUUAGCAAGUCUUUGCAUUCUCAAAAAAUCAGUGAAAAAAAUUUUCGCCUGCUGAUUGUUUUUUUAAUUCUCAGUUUGUUCCCUUUAAUCAAAGAGUUAAGACUAUGGGAAAAAAUAAUGAUAGAAUUUUUCAUUUAAUCUCAUUCAUUACAGAUCCUAUCAUUUUGUGCAAGAAAAGAGAGCUUGUCCACUGACUUCAGAUGAACUUGAUAGGUAAUUGAUCUUUUCAGAUCUUUUAUUUUAUUAUUCACCUUAUGGUUUUCAGAAAAACCAGUGUAAACUGUUGUCCGUUCACGAAGCAAAGGUUCGAGUCGAACAAAUUUCUGCAGAUUCAUUUAAAACGCAGAUAUCCGAUGUUUUCUUUUCGACCUUCGGUAUUUUUCUAGCACGAGGCUUUUUUUUCAAAUUCAUCGAGUUUAAGGAACGCGCCAAUUGUUUCAAUGCGACGGCUGAUUCUGAUUUCAACUUUUCUCAAGAGAAGAAGGAUUCGUGGAUUUUCAUGAAGUGAGUCUUUUUUUAGCGGAAAAUGUAAUAAUGUUUUGAAUGUCCUCUUGAUGUGCGUUUAUCGUGUUUUGAGAGAUUGCACACUGUUCAAUUAUUCCAGUUUCCCAUCAAAAGUAUAAUUGAAAAUAUUUAAAGCACCUGAUUCCAACAUUUUUUUUAAAUCUAUUUUUCACUUUCUAUUCGUUUUGUAAAGACUGUCUCUUUACUCUCAUCGCAGUAAUAGACGCCAAAAAAAACCUUCAAAAAUUGAGUUGAAAUUGAAGCUUUAGGAGGCCCAUCAACAUUUUUCUACUCCAAAGAAAAGAAAAAAAAAUAAUGACGCUUAGGAAGUUUACAAAAAAAAAUCGCACAAAAGAAUAAUAAUGGAAUUAUUCUUGCUUCGAUUUUUAUUUUUUGAAGAUAGAUAAAAAGUGGAUUUUGUCAGAGUCAAAAAGAGGAUGGGAGUCCUACGGAGCCGUUUUCCUGUUGAUGUUGCUCCUGAGCCGUGUGGAAAUUUUCCAAGGGAUCACCACUUGACCUACAUCCAAUCGUCAUACCUUCUCAAGUAAGUUUUUCAUUUUUUUUUUCUCUUCAUUCAAGUUUUCAAUUGUUCAUUUCUUUUUUUAGACCGUAUCCGCCGAACGCCGGUGGUUGGGCGACUGUUUCUGUGGAGAAACCGGCCGUCGUUUUGUCCCAACCUCUUUUGGUCAGCCCGAGUCCCGAUUCCCUUUGAUUUAUUUUUUUUUGUUCAGAAAUGCCACAAACAUCUAAAUUGUCAUCUCGUUCGUUACAACAUCAUUUUUAUAAGGUUUUAUCCUUUUUUCAUACCCUUUUCCACUGUGUGACUUUCAGUUAUAUGCUGGGAAAUGGCUAUCGACAAGCUUCGAGAAGUCCAGAACAACUUCAUGAACUAUAUGUAAGUUUUAACUUGCAAAAAUUUUUUUUUAUAAACUAUGAGAAAGUGUUAGAUGUUUAUUAUGAAAUGAACAGAGCUCUCUGAAUCUCUAGGUGACCUACAGUCGCAAAAAUCGAAUUCCUUUUUUAGUUUAGUAGUUGAGGAAUUCCAAAGAUACUCUGUGUAAACUGCAGCAUUGAUCUCUGCGCAUAUCUUGAAAAGUAAUAUCUCUGUAACUAAAAUUUAUCUCAGAGGUCGUUUAUGAUGAUCUCUGUCAAGAUUUUCGAAAUAAAUAGUUUGAGAAAACUUGUAGAAAUCGUCAUAUUUCAUAUUAGAAACGGUCUUUCUUGUGAGAGGGUAGGAAACUCAAUUUUAGGAGAAAUAGGCUCGCCAAAAUAAAUUUCGUAGUUUUCCAAAACUCAAAAAAUAAUAAUCGAACUGAGUAUUGUUUCAAAGACUUAAGAGUUGAAAGAACUAGAACAUUGGUAACACGAAACGGAAGUGCUCCAGACGUUUCUGGGUGAUUCCAGGGAUCACUUAAGAGUUUUGCCGCUACUAAAGUGUACACUAGAAAUGCCCAAAAACGUCCGUUUCGCGUUUCCAAUGUCCGAAAAAUUUCAGAAGCCUUUAUUAUAUCCAUAGUUUUUUUUUAAAAUAUAAGUAAUAGGCUAAUUGAUAUAAAAUUUAACGAACAUCAUUAAAUGUUUGCUUGAAUCGUGAACCAUUCGCUCUGAACAGCGAGUAGUAAUUAUUUUCUAAUGCUACCGAUUAAAAAAAAAGAAUUGCAGAAGGAAUACGUAAAAAAACCUCGGCUGAAUGGAUUAUUGCUGAAAACCUGA